UAAAUCCAGCCUGCGCUUGGCGGACUCCGUGCCAAUGUUUUCGAUGUGGCAGAUGUUCUCCACCUGCAUCUGCGUACUGAAGAUCACCGCGGUUGCUUAGAAGGGGUAUCACUCAGCAAUACAAAGUUUCUCUGCUGUAUCCUCUUGCGGAACGAGUACCUUGAGCUGCACAGGAAGUCUCGCACUUGGUGUGUGAUAGAUUCUGGGCCUGUCCAACGUCACCGCGAAGUGUCUACCGAUCCUGUUUUUAUCCAAUACAAACUUCCCGUACCGGCACGACUUCUUGGAACGCUAUUCUUCCGACCUCGUGACAAAAAAUCCUCGGAGCAAGAGACGCAAUAUACAAGUGUGAUGUUGAGUGGCAGUUGAAGACCGCCGGUAGCCGGUACGACAACAAUAACCGUGUGUCUACCGGCUUCCACAGCUCACCGUCCUUUCUUCCCGACAUUAUGGCCACGAUGGCUGAAGUGAGCCAGAAGCCGUCGAGUGAAGACUCUGGGGGAGCAUCUAUGCCGGCUACAAUGGCGCACUUCGAGACGACGGUGCCCGAUAGCAAGUUAAAUGGCAGCCCCGGUCCGGUUGUGCGAAGAAACGACAAGAUAAAUGGGGAUGUGGGUAACCGGAUGAUAUCCUCAAAUGGUACCAAAGGAGACGGAUCACCCGACAAAGUGACCCAUUUCUCUACCACAUCGAUCGAUUCGGGUCCGUCGAAGAGGUCCUUCGGUUCCGCCCUGAAACUGUCGUCGACCGCGACGGACGUGCAGUCACCGAGUCGGAAAGAGCUGGGAGAGUCAGACAGUGGACUAGACGGCAAUGCAACGACACCUGUAGCUGGGAGAAAGAGCGUUCAAUUCUCAAGAGAUACACUGGACCUUGACCAGUACGCCAGCGGCCAGAGCACACCACCCUUGCGUAGAGGCGAAAGUUCAGAACAGGACAAACCUCACUCGUUGUAUGCCAGAUUGAGGGCCCUUGCUAUCCCUCAGACCAUCAACCACAACCGUAGUGCCAGUGCCUUGUCUCUGAGUGCACAAUCUGCAGAAGGCAAAGACUUCGAUGGACACUUGUCUGGACAGGCAUCUCGCAAUGAGCCUGGAUUGGCCGCCACCAUGGAAGAAGACAGCGGUGCUGAAGGCGAUGCCGAUGUCGACGCCGAAGAAAGUGCUGCCGAGACCAGCAGGAAGCCCGGUCCCUAUCGACGCCGAAAGAAGAUGCGUCGAUUUGACGACGUCGAAACCGCACCUUCAUCGCCGCAUAGUCUUAUGCGGGCUGGCUUUGCAAGUGCUCCUCUUGAUUCUGACCCCAAUCGACCUCGUGCGCUUGUUAGGAGGGCCACAGACACAGACAUGACUCGAAACCAGUCAGGUCUAUCUGAAGACGAAGGACGCAAACUGGCCGCCGGUAGCGGGUGGACACCGCGUCAUCCCCUGCGUGGGCUCAGCUACGGAGGACAGCGCAAGCAGACCGAGUCGCCCGAGGCGAACAGAAGACCGAUGACUUUGCUCAGCUUCACUAACGUCAGCUCGUCUCGAGACGCCAACGGAAUGGAUGCGCAGACGCCCAAGACUCCUUCCCGUCGAAAGCUGAUGGCAGAACGAGGGUCUACGUUGAGUUCGCAGAAAUGGCGGCAAUUGAAGAACAGCAUACGUUUUCUAGGUCAGAACAAGAAGAAAGAGCGUACACCCGACCAUGAAAAGUCGGCCGAACUAUUAGCAGAGUUGCAGGCUGGGACUCCUGCUGCGCUGAUGCUUGCAAGCAUGUUUCAACGUGAUGAGCACGACCACAAAAGAGUACCGGUCCUACUAGAACAACUCAAGGUGCAGAUCACCGACAGUGAAGUCGCCAAAGACAAGGAUGCUGACGAGAAGUCCGCGGAUCGACACUUGAUUUUCAGAAUCGAACUUGAAUAUGGUAACGGCAUUAGUCGGAUGAAAUGGGUUGUCAAACGAUCACUUGGUGACUUUAUGAACCUGCACGUGAAAUACAAGUUUCACUACAGUUCGGAGAAACUCAAGGGCAGAGGCGACCAAAGCAAGCGUAUGCCAAAAUUCCCUCGCAGUGCGUUCCCGUACGCAAAGACAUUUCGAGGCCUGGAAGAUGAGGAGGACGAGGAAGAAGACGCAAACGCGGACAACGACCCUGGCACUGCAACCGACACCGAUAGACCAAGCCCAUGGACACCUUUGCGCCCGGGUUUGACGCCGAAUCGACGGAAGUCGAGCAUAGCUGGGAUGGCCGAUACUCCUGGUGCGCAACGGGAUAAAUUCGCCAACAAGCAACGCAAAAAGCUCGAACAGUAUCUGCAAAAAAUGAUCCAGUUCCUGCUCUUUCGUCCGGAGAGCAACCGACUUUGCAAAUUUUUGGAAGUGUCAGCAUUGGGAAUGCGUCUCGCGUCAGAAGGCAGUUAUCAUGGCAAAGAAGGCUUCCUUGCUAUACGGUCCGCAAAAGGUCUCGAUUUCAGGAAGACUUUGAAACCGCACUAUGUCAUCCGUCGACAUGCACCGAAGUGGUUCCUUGUCAGACAUAGCUAUGUCGUCUGCGUUGAUUCACCAGAGGAAAUGCAUAUCUAUGAUGUGUUUCUGUUUGACUCUGACUUCAGGAUCCAGUCAUCGAGACCACGGCAGGGCGAGCAGCAAAGAAGAGCGAAGGAAAUAGCUUCAGCUGCACGAGAAUCCGCAAAGCACCCACAACAUCACCGGCUGAAAUUGGCCAACUCGGAAAGAAAGCUCAAACUCCUGGCUAGGAAUGAAAGACAGCUACACCAGUUCGAGGAGUCUAUUCGGCUUAUGAUUCUAACUUCGCCUUGGGUCAAUGUCAACCGGUUCGAUAGCUUUGCUCCCGUCAGACCAAACUGCUUUGCUCAAUGGCUCGUAGAUGGAAGAGACCAUAUGUGGGUGGUGUCCCGUGCCCUGAACCAAGCCAAGGACGUGAUCUACAUCCAUGAUUGGUGGUUGAGUCCUGAGCUGUACAUGAGACGCCCUCCGGCUAUCAGCCAGAAAUGGCGUCUUGAUCGACUGCUUAAAAGGAAGGCUGAAGAAGGCGUCAAAAUCUUCAUCAUUGUCUAUCGCAAUAUCGAAUCGGCCAUUCCGAUAGAUUCUCAGUACACCAAGUUUUCUCUCCUCGACCUUCACCCGAACGUUUUCGUCCAGCGUUCGCCCAACCAAUUCCGGCAGAAUACCUUCUUCUGGGCACAUCAUGAAAAGCUGUGUAUCGUUGACCAUACUGUUGCUUUUGUUGGCGGGAUCGAUCUGUGCUUCGGAAGAUGGGAUACACCUCAGCAUACACUUGUCGAUGACAAGCCGACUGGUUUCGAACCCAGCGAACAGCCUAAAGAUGCCGAUCAUUGUCAAUUAUGGCCGGGUAAGGACUAUUCAAAUCCACGCGUCCAGGACUUUUAUGCACUCAACAAACCCUAUGAAGAAAUGUACGAUCGCCAGAGAGUGGCUAGAAUGCCUUGGCAUGAUAUUUCCAUGCAGAUCGUUGGACAACCAGCGCGCGAUUUAACUCGACAUUUUGUGCAGAGAUGGAAUUACAUCUUGAGACAGCGAAAACCCACUCGUCCAACACCUUUCCUCUUGCCUCCACCAGAUUUCCAGCCUGCAGACCUAGAAGCUUUGGGCCUCGACGGCACAUGCGAGGUUCAAAUCGUCCGUUCCUCUGGUCCUUGGUCCAUGGGCACGCCAGACAAGACAGAACACAGUAUCAUGAAUGCUUACACCAAGCUCAUCGAAGAGUCCGAACAUUUCGUCUACAUGGAGAACCAAUUCUUCAUCUCGAGUUGUGAAACAGAAGGUACUACAGUACACAACCAGAUCGGCGAUGCUCUGGUGGAACGUAUCACUCGAGCGUCCAAGAAUGACGAAGCGUGGAAGGCUGUCAUCGUAAUUCCCCUAAUACCUGGUUUCCAAAACACUGUCGAGCAAGAAGGGGGCACCAGUGUACGUUUGAUCAUGCAGUAUCAAUAUCGCAGCAUUUGUCGUGGAGAAUCUUCGAUCUUUGGCCGACUGAAAGCUCUUGGCAUUGAGCCAGAAGACUACAUCCAGUUCUACAGCUUACGACAAUGGGGCAGAUUGGGUCCUCGGAAGACGCUGGUCACUGAGCAACUCUACAUUCAUGCUAAAUGUAUGGUCGUCGAUGACCGGGUCGCCUUGAUUGGGUCGGCGAACAUCAAUGAACGAUCGAUGCUGGGCAAUCGCGACUCGGAGUGCGCGGCUGUCGUACGCGACACAGACAUGGUUUGGUCAAGGAUGAAUGGCAAACCAUACCAGGUUGGCCGAUUCCCCCAUACUCUCCGGAUGCGGUUGAUGCGCGAACAUCUCGGCCUCGAUGUGGACAAAAUCAUGGAAGAAGCUCAAGCCAUGGAAGCCGAGCACCGGAAGAAUGAACCCGCCGGACGAUCUGCAAAGCCAACGUCUACAAACGCCACGAACGACAGUCCAGUCUCCGAGCAGGGUGACGUUCUAGCUCCUCUAGACAGUGGCGAGGACAGAGUGCGAGAGGUUCGUGAAGAGUUGUUGCAGCGUGACGAGGAAUUGUGGAGUUUCAAUCAUGACGUGGACUGGGAACAAGGCGACAACCCCAACCUCAAGAGUAACCGAAAAUUGACAGAAGACUCUCGCGUCACUGGAAAUGCACAGCACCGACAAGAUGUUGAAGGGCAAGGUUUCGAUCACAUGGAAGAAAUUGGUGAGGAAGGUUACGGUAUCGGCAGAGAUACUACAUUGGUCAAAGGCAACAAAGAAGUGUUGAUAGCUGAUGUUGGUCCUGAAGGAAAGGCCAGUCUACAGCACCCAAGGAAGCAUGACGAAGAAUUGCGCCUUCCGUCAUAUGUGGUCAAGAUGGAGAUGCCAAACCCACCGCUGCCUCCAAAGCCUCCUAUCCAUAGGAUGAACACCGAGGAGCUUGGGCUGCCGAUGGUGUCGACACUGCCUUCUCUACCACACGGCGACGAUUCCGACAUUGGUGGGCCUUCACUUCUCAAGACGCCAACGACAGAGUCUGCUCGUGGCCACCAUCCUCUUAUGAGUGACAUUCGAAGACCGCUGGUCGACCGUGACUGCAUGAUGGACCCUAUCCAUGAUGCCUUCCUGUACGAUACCUGGCAUGCUGUUGCAGAGAACAACACCAAGAUCUAUCGCAGUGUCUUCCGAUGCAUGCCGGACAAUAUGGUCCGAAACUGGGACGACUAUCACCAGUACGUCGCUUACGAACACCGGUUCGAAGCCCUCCAAGGCAAUGAUGUUCCAAUGGAGGAUAAGGUCCCUCAUCCGGCUCGAUCAGGGUCGAAUCCCAAGACUGGCCCACCAGGUGCAGGCAUUACUACUCGUACACCCGGCGCGCAGCAUUUGAAAGCUCUCACCGAAGUCCCGGCGGACCUCGAAAAGCGCACCACUGACCUCAAAGAGAAAGUCAUGGGCGCGUUUGGUGACAAAACGAAAGGAGAGCAGGGCGAUGCCGAGAAAGAGGCUCUUCGCAAAUGGGCAACUGACCUCAAUCAAGCACAAGCCGAUAGGUCAGGGAAGCCCUCGCUUCACCGUCAAGAGACUAUAGGAGAAGAGAGAGCUGGGCUUCCGACCGUUCACGAGGGUUCGACGCUCCGUGAAGAUGGCAGUGCUGAAGUGGACGGAGACAGUCUAGGCAACGAUGCGGCUAAUGUUAGUCCUAGCACGGCAACAGCUGUGGAAAAAGAAAAGUCAUCAACAAAUGGAACACCACCUACUACGAGCGGUGCGUUUGUCGGCUACUCAGAUGCAAUGAACCAAAACUCUGCUGCCGCGGCAGGUUCAGCCGCAACGGGCAGUACGCGCAGACGACGCCGUGCUACUACUAGGUCUAGUAGACGCGAAUUCAGUGCAAGCGACGAUAUCCUCAGCAUUGAAGAGGCCGAGGAGUUGUUGGAGUGCGUGCAAGGACAUCUUGUCGUCUGGCCCUAUGAUUGGCUUGAGAAAGUUGAGGCCGGAAGUAAUUGGCUGUUUCCGCUUGAUCAGAUCAGUCCGAUCGAAAUUUAGUAAGUAUUGGAAUUGGUUGUGUGCGGGUACCCAGGCUGACAAGCGUCUUUUCCAGUAUCUGAUCAGACGCCACUACCGAGCCAGAUACUGAGUUUUACGAAUCUCUAUGCAUUGCAUCGAUAUACACGGGUUCAAAGGAGCAGCGGCGACAAAGACAGCGGCAGUGCAGCAACAUUUGGCAAUGCAUAGCGAGCGUGGUGUUUGGGUAAAAGGAGCAGUCUACAUCAAGGAGCAUGCACUGGGUAUUCGAGGUUAUACUAUUCAUUACGGCCGAUUGAAUUUGUCUUAUCAUUGGGUUUGCUGUUUUGUACUCUAUGACUCGGAGAGAAACAGGACUGGCAUGCUAGAGGAGCAGUAGACAGACUAUAUAUGUAGCUCCUGCAUGGGUUUUAUUCGUACUGUAUUGAUAUAUGAUCACCCCACAA